ACUAGCAUUAUUUGGGCGCAUUUACUUAGAGAUCCUCACAAAUUCCCUAAUCUCAUAUUUAGAGGGCGCGGCUUCGGUUACUUUCUUGCUCUUCUCUUCUUCUUCUUCUUCAACCUCGCACCCUUUUUCUUUCUCUCUCUUCUAAUCAACAUCUUUGUUAAUCUCACUACUUUCUCUCUCCUCUUUAACUGUUAUAACUUUUGUUGAAAAGAAUGGCUGAAACCUCCAAAGUUAUUCAUGUCCGCAAUGUGGGCCAUGAAAUCACUGAGAAUGAUUUACUUCAAUUGGUUGAACCAUUUGGGACUGUCACCAAGCUUGUGAUGCUACGUACCAAGAACCAGGCACUCUUGCAACUUCAGGAUAUGGCAUCAGCAAUUAAUUUAGUGGAUUACUAUACAAAUGUUCAGCCCAAUGUUAGGGGCCGAAAUGUAUACAUGCAGUUUUCUUCCCACCAAGAACUGACAACAGAUCAGACUCAAGGACGUAAAAGCGACACGGAUGGACAGCCAAAUCGUAUACUCUUGGUCAGUAUACAUCAAGUUAUCUAUCCUAUGACAGUUGAUGUUCUCAAUCAGGUGUUUUCUCCAUAUGGGUUUGUGGAAAAAAUUGUAACAUUCCAGAAGUCAGCUGGUUAUCAAGCUCUCAUCCAGUUUCAAACGCGGCAGAGUGCUGCUUCUGCAAUGAGUGCCCUUCAUGGGCGGAAUGUAUAUGACGGUUGUUGUCAGUUAGAUGUACAAUACUCAAACCUCACAGAGUUGCAAGUGAAUUUUAAUAAUGAUCGCUCGAGAGAUUUUACCAACCCAAAUCUUCCUACAGAACAGAGAGGCAGAAGUUCACAAUCUGGUUAUGGUGAUGCAGGGGGAGCAUACCCAUUUCAAGCUACUGGGAGUGGUUCAGCUGGAUAUGGCCAGAUGGGACAUGCUGCAGCUAUGUCGGCUUUUGCUGGUGGCCUUCCUCCAGGUGUUAGUGGGAACAAUGAUAGAUGUACUGUUAUUGUAUCUAAUUUAAAUCCUGAUAGAAUAGAUGAAGACAAGUUGUUCAAUUUAUUUUCGCUGUAUGGCAACAUUAUAAGGAUCAAGCUUCUCCGAGGCAAGCCUGAUCAUGCACUUGUUGAAAUGUCUGAUGGUUUUCAGGCUGAAUUGGCUGUUAACUUCUUAAAGGGAGCGCUGCUGUUUGGGAAACGAAUAGAGGUGAACUUCUCCAAGUAUUCAAACAUAACACCAUCUCCAGACACCCGUGAUUACCAGAAUUCAAACUUGAAUCGUUUCAACCAUAAUGCUGCAAAACACUACAAAUAUUGUUGCUCUCCCACAAAAAUGAUUCACCUAUCAAGUGUCCCUGAAGAUGCAAGUCAGGAGGAGAUUGUAGACCUUUUGGAGGAACAUGGACAGGUUGUCAGCACCAAGAUUUUUGAGGCAAAUGGUAAGAAGCAAGUUUUAGUUUUAUUCGAGACUGAAGAAGAGGCAACUGAAGCCCUCGUUUGCAAGCAUGCUACUUCAUUUUGUGGAUCAAUCAUCCGCAUUUCUUUCUCCCAAUCGCAAAACACAUGAAAGAUACAGGCUGCUCAGAUCUGAAAGGCACUCUGCAAAGGUUUUGGUUGUUACCUUGUUGCUUUCUAAUUAUCAGAACACUGUUUUGUAAAACUUCCCUAUUCUUCCUUUAUUUGCCUUCCAUAGUCUCUAUAGCUUGUCGUGUUGAGGAACUUAUACAUACAUAUGUAUCGUUCAAAACUAAUUAUGGGUUUGAGUUACUGAUAAUAUAGACAUUUCUCAUAUUUUCAGGCA